AUGCGCACCAGUGCAGACUUCACCAUCUUUGCGACGAAUCUGCAUCUCGCCCUCCACAGCCUGGCGCUGACGGGCUCCGGCCUCCUGAUCUGGCCGUCCGAGCCCCCCCGCCUCGAGGCACUGCACUGGUCCGACAUUGCAGCCCUCUUCAACGAAGCCAUCAACGGGAUACUCAUCUCCCUGCUCAUGCGGCAGAUCGAUAGUAUCGCUAAGAACUAUGCCUUCAGUGCGUCGAUCUUUGUUACUGCAGGGAUGACCUCCGUGGUGUUGAGGCAACAACCUCCGUGGCAGUUUCACCUGGGCGCCCUGAUCUCGGUGGUCUCUAUGGCUCUCUAUGCGAGGGCCGGAGCGAAAGCUCCACCAGACGGGAAGAAGUCUGAUGGCGUGCAGUACUCCUGGCGUGUGGAGGCUCUCGUGCUUGCGUCCGGGGUGCGGCCGGAUCCCGGUCAAGAUGGCUGGGAGGCGGUCGUCUUCCUCUGUGCCUUGGGCAUCAUGAUCAGCUAUGCAGACAGGUCCAAUAUCUCCAUUGCCAUCAUCGGUAUGGCCAAAGACUUUCAAUGGGAUAAGGCCUUCGAAGGCACCGUCCUUUCCGCCUUCUUCGGAGGUUACGCGGCGACGCAGCUGCUCGGGGGACGCCUUGCCGAUGUCCUGGGGACGAAAUGGGUGCUGGCUGCAGGGCUAAGCACUUGGUCUUUGGCCACUGCGCUGACGCCGCUGGCGGCCGCUGCAGGUGCAGGUCCUCUGCUUGCCGUGCGGCUAACUUUAGGCUUGGGCGAAGGAGUCGCUUUUCCAGCUGUGCAUGCAGCGAUAGCCCGGCUGGUUCCUCGAAGCCAGCAGUCCUUCGCGGUUGGACUCGUGACAGCGGCGUCCUACGGUGGAGCCGGGCUUGCAUUCCUGCUGGUUCCCGGGAUUAUCGAGAACUAUGGCUGGCAGACGUCCUUUUUCGGCUUCGGCGCCUUGGCCUUGCUCUGGCUGCCACCUUGGUUGGCCGUGGACAUCGCAAGUCCAUCUGCGACGAGGUCUCCUUCUGCAGAGGCUUUCUCUCCUGCGAAGAUCGCGGAGGGCUUUACCGGCACUCUGAAGGAGUUGCUCCCCCUCGUGCGGACGAAGGAAGUCCUGGCUAUCUGCGUGGCCCAGUACACUAACGGCUUUGGGCUCUACGGUCUGCUCAGCUGGCUCCCCACUUUCUUCGCGGAGCAGUACGGCACGGCCCUGGCAGACUUGCCGGCGCUGACAACGCUGCCAUACCUUCUGCAGGCCCUCGUGGGCAUGGCAGUCGGUGGCUUUGCCGAUCGAUCCCUGGCGCAAGGCAUGCCGGUAGCCACCGUCCGCAAGGGCUUGCAGACGGUAGGCAUGCUGGUGCCCGCUGCUGCCCUGCUCUUGGCCGCGUCUCCCGCCACUGGUGGCUCCGCGGCUGUGGGCGGCGCGCUCAUCGACUUGGGCCUUGCAGCCAAUGCGCUGACGCUUGGGGCAGUGAGUGUCAAUCACCUCGACGUCGCCCCGCGCCACGCCGGGGCGAUCUUUGGCUUAGGCAAUACCUUCGCCACCUUUGCCGGCCUGGUCGCCACUCCCCUAACAGGUGCCGUGCUGGACAAGACGGGCUCUUGGGAAAUCGUCUUUACUAUCAUCACCUUCCACUAUGUGGUCGGGGCCGCGGUCUUCGCGCUCUUUUCCGGUGAUCGAGCCCUUGAAGAAGACGGACAAAGCUGA